CACUAGUCUCUGUGUAUAAGUACAAAUCCUGGUGCGACUCUUUGACAUAGCUAAUCGAAAGAUUCAAGUUUACUCUCUCGAAAAAUGGAUUAUUCUGAACAAGAGAUAGAUUUAUUCGGCGAUGAUGAUGAAAUAGAGAAAGAGAAAAACAACGAUGAAGAUGAUAAUAGUAGAAACUCGUCAUCUUCUUCCUCAUCAUCGUCCUCUUCUUCAUCUGGUAAUGCUAGUGGUGGUGGCAGUGGAAGCGGUAGUGGUAGCGCUAGUGGAAGUGGAAGUGGCAGUGGCAGUGGUAGUGAUAGAGAUGAUGAAGACGAAGUAGAUAAUAAAGAUAUUAUUGGUAGAAGAGGGUUUGAUGAAGACGAUAGUAAAGAUCUGUUUGGUUCUGAUAAUGAAGAUUAUGUCAGAACUCUAGCCUCUAGUCCUUUUUCUGUUCCCACAUUACCUCGUAUACAAAACAUGAAUAAUCCUUCCAGGGGACGUGGUGGACGCUGGCAAUCUGGUUUCCAAAAUGGGAGAGGAGGACAUGGAAUCUUGCCUCGUCCUGGGUCUUAUAAUCAGCGGCAGGGUUAUGGUGGUUAUGCUGGUGGUAGGUAUCAACAAGUACGAGAUGAGCGUUUUGUUUCUGAGAUGAAGUUCAAGACUGAAGAAACUUUAUCAAGGAAAGCUAUCACAUUUCAAGAGCCAUCUGAACUUGCUUGCUAUAGCCGCGAUGAAGCUGGGGAUGUUUAUUUUGAUGACCGCAGCUUGAGACUCUUUAAGCGCCUUAUAUCCGAAGAUGUUGGGGCUGAUUUAAACCAGGGUUUUGACACUUUCAUCGAGAAAAAAGACUUGGGUUCCGAGGGAUUUGGUGAUCUGCUUGCUUGCAUAAGAGCCAAGAAGAUUCCACUUGAGAAUAAUAUCCAUUUUGUGACGUACAGAAACAACCUUAAUAAGAUAAUGGCUACUGCUUAUGUCAGACAUGAACCAUGGGAAAUGGGGGUGCAUAAAAGAAAAGGGGUUGUCUAUCUUGAUGUCCAUAAACUUCCAGAAAGGCCUCAAAGUGAGACUGAUCGUCGAAGAUGUUAUUGGGGGUAUUGUUUUGAGAAUCUUGCGACUGAAGAAUCAAGGAGAGGUGAUGGGGAAGGAAUACACCAUGUUGAUGCAAAUGCUGAGUACUGUUCUGUGAUCAAAACCAAAUUAGGAGCUCAUCGUAUACUUAUGGGUGCUGAAAUGGACUGCUGUGAUGCAACUGACGAUGGAAGGAGGUUCUACAUUGAGUUGAAGACUAGUCGGGAGUUAGAGUACCGCACUGAGGAAAGAUUCGAAAGGGACAAAUUGCUCAAGUUUUGGAUCCAGUCGUUCCUAGCUGGUGUUCCUUAUAUUGUUAUUGGAUAUAGGGAUGAUGGGGGCAGACUUGUUCGCACAGAGAGAUUGAGAACCAAAGAAAUUACGCAAAGAGUAAAGAUGAAGAACUAUUGGCAGGGAGGUGUCUGCCUGGCGUUCGCAGAUGAGGUGUUGUGCUGGCUUUACGGAACUGUUAAAGAAAAUGAAGACUAUAUCUUGCAAUUUACUCAUCCUUUUACCCGUUUAGAGCUACUGCAAGCAGCAUCUUGCCCUGAUGCAAUUACAAGACAUGUAGAGCAAUUAUGAGUCCCGUGUUCGCAGCAUUAAUAGAUUAUGGAGAAUUGGAGAUACAAGUAUUUACAGUUUGCUUUUCUUUUGAGUUUUGAGCUAAAAGGAUAUAUACAUAUAUAUGGUCCAAGUUGACCAAGCGCAUAUUCUUAGAUUUAAAAUAUAAAGUGUUGUAGAUUAGAAUUUCAGCAAUUUUCCUGAACUUACACUCUGUAAUGGUUUAGUUCUAUAACUUAUUAAUGAAAACAUAAAAAGAAUUUUGAGACAACA